AUGAAGGUGUCCAUACGUUGUUUUAAAUGCAUUUUGUUGAUUUUUCUCUGUGCCGUAACGGCGUAUGGGAGUGCCGAAAGAUGGGUGGAUAAUGAAAAUGCAGGUGAUGUGGGUGAGCGUGGCGCGUCCAUAUUGAACACAACUGAUGCUGAUGUUGAUGAUUCUGGGGGGAGGCUCAAAAAGACGCCUCACAGGGGAGGUCUGAGAAGUGUUAAUUCGGGCAUAAAUGAACCGUCAGCGAAAGCAUCCUUUUUAAGCGUGCGGGGUGCGGCCACGAUGGGGGAUGAAAACGACGAAGAUGAUGAUGAGGAGGAGGAGGACGAUGCGAGUGACGACACGGAUGACUCCGCCGCUCCAGACGAGAGAACGGUCAACCUAAGCGUGCGAGACCAAAACGGAGAGCUCACGUACAACGCGAACGAUACGGAGGUGAACCAAAUGGCCAUACUGAAAGAUAUAACUGAUAAAGUUAAGCGAGAAGAAACCGAAGUGAACAUGGACAGAGUUAACCCAGUUGAUAUCCCAAGCAUUGCCGAGGAGGAGAGAAAGAUAAACGAAUUUUACGAAUACGAAAAUGAGGUAUUAAAAAACAUUCGCGAAAAGAAAAAAAACAUUAACGCAAUGAUUAAUGAAGAUUUGGAUGAGCUACUAAGGCCUGCCCAGAGGGAGUAUAUGAAGGUGGCUAGAAGCAUAAAAAGUAAGCUGUUGCAUGAGUACGAGCAGAUUCUUCGGGAGGAAUUGUCCCAAGAGUAG